AUGGACCACGCAGCUCUCCUUAUUGUUGUUCUCCAGCUUUGUGGAACCAAAGUGGAAGGAAAGUUUGUGGAUUCAACUGUAAAACUUACUGAGAAGGUGAAACUGGAAUGCAUAUAUCCAAAGAAAGCCGUGAUAAUCCAGACAUCCUGGAUGAAACUUAAUGUAACUCAUAAAGAAAAUAUAGCUGUCUUGCAUCCAAUCUAUGGCGUACAUAUUGAAGACAAAUACAAUGGAAGAAUUUAUUUUGAAAAUGCUUCCAGGGAAGAUAAGUCCUUAUCCUUCAUCAAGAGCACUUUGGAGGAUGUUGGUCUUUACUUCUGCUCCAUUGUAACUUACCCAGAUGGAAUUUGGGAAAAGGUAAUAGAAAUUAUUCAGACAGAUGCUUUUGAAGUAUUUGAGAAACAAGAUAAUCCCGUGUUUACCAAGCCAGGAGGAAAUGUCGCUUUUACUUGCCCUUAUAAAAUUGGAGAUUCAGUGCAGCAAGUGAUGUGGGAAAGGAUUAAAGCAGAUCAGGUAGAUACCGUUGUUCUGUGCAACUUGUCAGGAAAGCAAAGCUUUGGUUCAGAUUUCAAAGAGCGUACACUGGUGGAUUGCUCUGAUCAGGCAAACUCCAUGAUCGUCAUUCAAAACUUUACUGCCUCUGACUUUGCAACGUACCGCUGUGUAGCUACUGGAAGAAACAAAACCUAUGUGAUGAGUUUUACUGUGGCUGCAACUUGGGAUCCCAAAUGGUUUAUUAUCUACAUAGCUGGAGGAAUUUCUGCUGCGGUCUUACUGUUAAUUUUCCUACUGAUCUUUUGCAUCACCACUGCUUAUCGCAAAAAAAACAAGAGGAAGAGGAUCACAGAGGCCUUAUCAAAAGCUUUGUACUCUACUCAGACCCAGAACACAGAAGGAAGAGGAGAAGAAUCAUUACUCGAGCAGACAGAGGAGAUUUACAUCAACUGCAAAAAUGUCUCACACAAACCUCAUUAG